CGGGUGCCGCCGCCUGCAGCGUGUCUGGUUUUUCCUCCCGCAGGAUGAAGACCAUCCUCAGCAACCAGACUGUUGACAUCCCCGAGCAAGUCGGAGUGUCGCUGAAGGGCCGCACGGUCAUCGUGAAGGGCCCCCGAGGCACCCUGCGGAGGGAUUUUAACCACAUCAACGUGGAGCUGUCCCUGCUGGGGAAGAAGCACAAGAAGCUUCGCGUUGACAAGUGGUGGGGGAACAGAAAGGAGUUGGCAACAGUUCGCACCAUCUGCAGCCAUGUGCAGAACAUGAUCAAGGGUGUCACUUUGGGUUUCCGCUACAAGAUGCGGUCGGUGUAUGCUCACUUCCCCAUCAACGUGGUCAUACAGGAGAAUGGCUCACUCGUGGAGAUCAGGAACUUCCUGGGGGAGAAGUACAUCCGCAGGGUGCGCAUGAGGCCAGGUGUUACCUGUGCAGUAUCCCAAGCCCAGAAAGACGAGCUCAUCCUUGAAGGGAAUGACAUUGAGUUGGUCUCCAAUUCAGCUGCCUUGAUCCAGCAAGCCACUACAGUCAAGAACAAGGAUAUCAGGAAAUUCUUGGAUGGUAUCUACGUCUCUGAGAAAGGAACAGUGCAGCAGGCAGAUGAGUAGAGCUCAUAGUUGUCUGGAUCCUGAAA